GGAGGGCGAGCGAGGGAGUGUAGGAGAGAAGGAUAGGGUCCCAGAAGAGAGUACAAGCCUCACACACACAGUCACACAUACACAUUUACCUCGAGUCCCCAGUUGUACCUUUUUGGGAUAGUGGAUUACUUUCCAAAUUGAACCACUCAUCGGGCAAAUCCAGGCAUGAUCAGGUGGCAGUGUGUCGGAGCAGUGUUAAACUGUGAAAUGAACCAUGGAGGAGUGCAGGAGGCCAGUCACUAGCCAAGCCAGCAGCCAUACAACCACCAGCAGCAGGAGAAGCAGUAGCCCAGGGAGGCCCCGCAGCAUGCAGCUGGGCCCUUACUAGCACCAAGUUGACCUGGUCCUCUCCUCUUCACCUGGGGCCAGGGCUGCAGAAUGCUCAGUCCUGUCACCCCAUACAGUCUGUUGAAGAUGCACUGGUCUUCGGAGCACGCCGCCCCCUUAUCUCAGUGGCCUGAGCAGCACCUAGAUGUCACCUCUACCACGUCACCGCCAUCUGCCCACAAAAACGACCCCUACGCUACAGCUGCUCGCCGCGGCUAUGCCCCUGCAGGUUACCCUUGGGCCAGUGAUGACAUAUCAGCCCUUACUGCUUCUUCACUGCUCAAACGAUAUGCUGAGAAGUACUCAGGGUUGGAGCUGUCCUAUGAACGCCCUGCUGCAGGGGCCUACUCAGAGCCUGGGACUUUCCUGAAAACUGAAUCUGAGCCCUGGGCUCUUGGUCAGGGCAUGGAGUGUUACCCUGGACUGGAGGCAUUAACUGGCACCAAGGUGGGCUCUGCAUCCGUGGGCAUCCCAACCACAGGAAGUGUGACAGUAGUGAAUAACUUGGUCUCUGAGCCAGGCUACAGUGGUGCUGGCCCCUGCAGUGCCCCAUCAUCUCAGGAAUACCCUCCUGCCUACAACAGCACCUACCUCUCCUCAGGAUACUGCCCUCAGCCCAGCGCAGCACUUCCCCCUGCUCCUCUACACUCUUUGCAGACCACACCCACUCUGGUGCCCAGCUACAGUGCCAGCACUCCUGUCUACAACUACCCUCCAGGGUGCUACCCCCAAACCAGCCUAUCCUCUGGAUACAGCCACCCCAGUGCCUCCUACCUGCCCUCUGGGAUUAGUGCCCCCACUCCUCUGACCCCUAGGCCCACCAUGGUGGGUGGCAGUUACAGCUACCCAUCUCACAUCCUUGGAGGGAGCUCCGAGCCAGGGGUGCCAUUGAAACGCAAGGCAUUUGAGAUGGCAGAGGAAGGACAGGAGGGAGCAGAGGUGGAGGGAUCACGCUACAGAAAGUAUGGCAACGGCCACGGAAACAGUCAUAGCAAAGGUCAUGGCAACGGGCACAGCAACGGGCACAGCAAUGGCUACGAUAUGAGCAGCUCUGCCUCAGACCCACAGGCCUACAAACCAGGAAAGCCACUGAUGUCACCCUCUUAUGGCGGGGCAGGGGACUACAGCCCACCAUCAGGCCUAGCAGGAGAGAGUGUACCACGGGAUCACAACUUUCCUCAGCAGCAGAGAGUGUCUAUGAAGAUACCUGCAUCGCACACACGAUCUGAGGAUCCUGCUGGUGGGCGCUGAAAACCCUGGAGGAUUCUCUCACUCUUUGAAACCAACCAGGGUUCUUAAUCCAGAUAGACUUGGGGGAAUAAAAUUAGAUUUGUCAAUGAAAGGUUUAAUUUCAAGACUGGUAUGUCUUGUGCAUCUUUAACAUUUUCAUUAUUCAUGUUUUUCCAAAGAUUCACAGGGGAAUUUUGCCCUGUAAGGUUGAGGUAAGUCUUAGGGGUGAGGUUAAGGCAUUCUCUACAUAGACAGCAUGGAGACAGUCUAAAUGUAUGAGUAUGUUUCUCUCAGGAUCCUAUUUAUUUCCUUUCUGCUACUGUGGCAGCAGCACUGCAACGUUGCUGUUUAAGAAGUUGGUAUUUGUGGCCAUCAUGUAUGUAAAAGGCCGUUGACUGCAAUACGUUCUACCACACCAUAAAAAUCAUUACUGACCAAAAAGUAAAGGCAGCAAUAACUGAAAUGGUGAGAUUGCCAUACUACUUCAGCACAAUCACUGUUACUUUACACAUCUGUCUCCAAGGUGUGUCACUUGGCCUUGAGAAAUGAAUGUUUCCCUGCUCAUCCCCCGCUUUCCCCCACCCUUUACUCAUUCUUGACUUUAAGUUUCUUUAACCCUUCUUUUCAUGUUCUUUAUCUUAUUCUAUCCUGGUUUCCUGCUCUUUUCAUUGCUGAACAACUUUUUUUUUGUCCAGUUUACACAUACUGAGCUGCUUAUCAAAUGAUGACAUAGUAUACAUGAAGCCGCCCUUUAAAUUGUUUUGAUGCAUAGAAAGAGUGGGGAAAUAAUCUUUAUGUUCAUCUAAAAACGUAUUUAGCAUUCACGCAACUACAGUUUACAAGUACUACAUGCAGAUUGUCUUCAAAGCGCGUUGUUUAUUUGCUGCUGAUCGGAAAACUAACAGGUAUAUUUGCUAAAGAAUCUGUGAAUAACAUAAUACCUGGUCCAGCUGAUACCUUGUCUUUAAUAAUCAAAUCUACAAAACAACCAAAAACAACCAUGCUUAAAUCUGCAUACUGCUACAUUUCACUCAGAGCAAACCGUUUAAGAUGCGUAAGCCUGUUUGUUAAUUACUGUUUAGAUGCACAGCCCAGACUGAGAGGCAUGCAGGUUGCAAUGGCUGAUAUAUGCUUCUGAAUGAGUGCCUCCAACAUUUUUUGCUCAACAUUAUUUUCUUUAUGAAGGUCUACCUGCUUGUCUGCUAGGAUUGACUUUUUAAAAAAAAUAUGCAUUCUCUUUACUUUUGCCUCUCAAAAGUAUGAUUUAUAGUUGUGUUAUUGAAUACUCAGGAAGAAUAUUGUUACCUCAGAAUGAUCAAAUGAGAAUGUAUGUUAUUACCUUAGGGUGUUUGUAGGGAGCUUUAUGGAGCAAAAUGAAAACGGAGCCAUGGCUUUUAUCAAGAGCUAAACAUAUUCUGAACACUUCAGGGAGCCGAUGAACUUACAAGGCCUUUGAUACUAACAGUAGAAAACACGCAUACACAUGCAUGCACACACACACAAUUCACAUUGCUUCUUAGCUCUGGGAAAUUAAACUUGAGGUUUUUGUACCAAGGCCUGAAAUGUUGAAUGUAAUUCAGAUAUUUUUUUUAAAAGGACAAUACAUGUCAUUAUGUACAUCGAUGAUGUUUUUAGAUAUAUAAAACAUAUUUUCUUCAUGUAUAGAUUUAAUUCUCUUGUAGGUUUUGGUGGAGAAAUGAAUGACAUGUUAAGUGUUAGUGUAGUUAGCAGUGGAGAAACGGUUUUGUGGACAAACUGUCAAAACAAAGCACUCCUGAUAAACAACCUUUGACAUAUCAAGAUGUACACAUACUACAGUAUAUGCUCUAUAAUAGGUAUGUUUAUUAAAUGUCUUAAUAAAGUGUCCAAUUUCCAUUUCCCAUAUCAGUAUUUUAAAACCCAUUGACACAGUGUCACCUGUCAAUCAGCUUGAUUUUAGCUUUAACAUGAAUUGAUAUCAUGAAGAAGGAAGAAGUUAAAUAUUAGCCAAGUAUGUGCACUGUCAAAGAUAUGUACAGUAACAGCUCCUUUUUUUCCACCAAGUUGUAGUUUUGUUGUUCCACUAUGCCAUCCCUUCAUAAGUUGUGCCAUACUUUAUUGUUUUUGCAAAAUUAAGUCCUUUGGGAGCUGUAACAAAACCAAACUCUUGCCUAAAAGCAUGCUCAGAGAGUGGAUCCCUUUUAAUAGUAAGAUUUAGGCUGAAAUGCAGCUUCAGAUUUAGUCUGAAAUUCAAUAUGAUGAAAAAGUAUUUUAAUGCCUCUUUUCGAAAAAUAAGCACAUUCAUAAAAUUAAACUUACUCACAAUGUGGAGUGCGUGGAAAAAAUAGCCUCAUCACACAAAGAUUUAGCUUAAAAAUAUGCGGAAGAAAAAAUACAGAUUAAUAAAAAGGUGUUACGCAAAUAAUAAUGUAUUCUUACCCCCAGAUUUUAAAAGUAUUUAAGCGCUUAGCUACAACAAUUGAAUGCUCUUCAAUGCAACACAAAGUAUGUGCUCUAGAAUAAUCUACACAUUGCAACAAAUGACAGUAUUUGCUGUUUCUUGGUUUUACUCUGAUUCAUUGAAGUAAGUGGAGUUGAAUUUGUCCACAAGAUGGAAAAUGGCAUUUCAGUGUUAUCUCUGUAAUUCACUUGUACUUUUGUUGUGUCUUGUACAUUCUCUGUAACCAUUUCUACCUCAUUUUGAAGACAUUGUACAUGGAAAUAUUUAUUUCAUGUCAUUUCACAUGCCAGUUUAAGGAGCAAUGUUUCUAAUUCUUGACCUGUUAUAGUCUACCUCACUAAAGGCUGUUGAGUCAUGGAAAUGAAGAUAACACACCAAAAAAAAACCCAAAAAACCUUGAAUUUUUGUCUGUGAAAUUCAAAAAUGUUUGAGAUUUGAGUGUCCUUGUCAUUUACUAAAAUAUACCAUGACGAGAACCUAACAUUUGUUCCACCUCUGAUGUUUUCUACUUACAAAUAUACUGACUAUGAUAAAACA